CAAAAGGGCAAGAAGAAGAUUGGUUAUGAAAACACGAGCCGCGUUAAAAUGUUGAGAAAAACACUUUGCAACUUGCCCCGCUUUAGUCAGCUAUGCGGCCUUCCGCGACGGCUUCAGAGCACACAGGCAGAGGCAGCGCCAGCAAUUACAACCACAGUAUCCGCGGAUGCCGAGCCCGAAGACAUUGCCGUGAUAGAGCAGCGGAUUCUGAAGCAUCCGGACUACUUCCAGGUGCACAACCUGUUCACCGUGCGAGACCUGUUCAAUGCACGCGUGCACUAUGGCCACAAAGAGGGAUCCCUGGACGACCGCAUGCGUCCGUACCUGUAUGGUAAUCGCCUGGGUCAUUUGAUCUUCGAUUUAGACAAGACAGCCGUGCAUUUGCGGGAUGCCCUUAACUUUGUGGCUCACAUAGCCUUCCGUGAUGGAAUCAUAUUGUUCUUCAAUCGCAACGCCCUCAAUGCCCACCUGGUCGAGCAAAAGGCCUUGGAGGCCGGCGAGUUCUCGCACACGCGCUUUUGGCGGGGCGGCAUCUUCACCAACGCCAAUGUGCAGUUCGAUGCGGUUACCCGCCUGCCAGAUCUCUGCAUUUUCCUGAAUACCCAAAACAAUGUGAUGUCCCAGCACACGGCAGUGAGGGAUGCGGCCAAGAUGGCCAUACCCACAGUCGGCAUUGUGGACAGCAAUUGCAAUCCAAAUCUGAUCACCUAUCCGGUGCCCGGCAACGACGAUUCCCCAGCCGCCGUGGAGCUCUACUGCAAUCUCUUCAAGGAGGCCAUCCUGAGGGGAAAACGCAAGCGUCGCGAGCUCCUGGGCCUUCCUCCCUUGGACGAAACCCAGCCGAGGCGCAGUCGCAAUAAAAAUACCACAACCAAGAGCAAUUAGUUUUAGGAUGAGAUUUUGUUACAUUUAUCUGAAUACAAAUACUGCUGCUGUCGGGGCAGUGACCCGUGUA